AUGACCCGAAUAGCGAAAGCCAAAUUGCCUUCAUCCUAUGUGGAUACACGGUUGCAACGUGUAAUGGACUGGGAGUAUGAAAGGAAAGCGAAAUGGAAAAUGCAGAAAGUAGAACCUAAAUUCAAACGUAAAAAUACAGUGGCAAGAGCCAAGCCUAUAGCACUAGAUGAAACGUACAAAGAGUUAGAAGAAAAGGGUGAAGAAAGAAAAGCAUUGAGGAUUGCAAAAGCCCAGGAUAAAGCAACCAAAGACUACACCCAGAUUAGACAGAUCAAAGAUGGAGAAGGAAUGGUGCUAAAUGAAGAGGAAAAGAUCAGGGAUAGAUGGAAAAGCUACUUUAAAUCCUUGUUGAAUGAGGAAAAUCCUAGAGCAGGUUUUGAAGAUGGAGCUCUAAACCUUGGAGUGACUUGUGCUAUGGUUAGGCAGGAAGUUAGAGAGGCUUUGAGGAAGAUAGAAAAUGGCAAAGCGACAGGACCGGACGACAUACCUGCAGAAGUUUGGAAGUGUCUAGGAGAUGAAAGAAUACAUAUGUUGAUAAAUGAAAGUAGGAUAAGAAAGGAAACCGUCAUAGGUGAUGAGCAGUUUGGGUUUAUACCGGGAAAAGGAACCAUGGAUGCAGUUCUUGCGCUAAGGCAAUUGAUGGAAAGGCAUAGGGAAAUAAGGCAAGGCCUGCACAUGGUUUUUAUAGAUAUAGAGAAGGCCUACGAUAGAGUGCCAAGUCCUUAUCUGUUCGACCUCAUUAUGGAUGUAUUGGCGGAAGGAGUUCUAGAACAGGCUCCUUGGUGCAUAACUUUUGCAGACGACAUUUUUAUCGCCACUACCAGAGUAGAUCGAGCGUAA